UUAGAUUAUUCAGGCACAAAUUCAGUUGGUAAAGCCUGGACCGAGUGCACAGGGGUUGUUGAUGAACGGCUUGGAUCAAUUGCCAGCCUAUCUUAAAACAACGUUGGAAUUAUGAUAGGAUUCGGAUUCCGAUACUAUUUCAAUCCGAUCCGCUAAUUCCCGGAGUAAUAAAGGAAACAAGCGUGGGUGGAAUUGUCGAUUGACGACCGACCGACCCAACGUGAGAAACCCUCGCCUCCCGAGGAAGAAAAAGAAAAGGGCGCGAUCGGCUGAAGUACCCCGUUGGCGAUGGCCCCUCAUCCUCCUCCGUCGGCGACGGCGGCCGCCCAGCACGUGCAGCAGUUCCUGACGACGGCCCUGUCGCAGCGGGGCCCGGCGGCGCUGCCCUACUCGGAGGACGUGAAGUGGCAUAUACGGCAGCACCUGGUGGCGCUGGCGGAGGCCUUCUCCUCCCUCCGCCCUCGCACAGCCACGUUCACCCAUAACGACGGCCGUUCCGCCCACCUCCUUCAGGCGGAGGGAACCAUCCCGAUCUCCUUCCGCGGCGCCGUGUACCACCUCCCGGCCUCCGUUUGGCUCCUCGAGUCCUACCCCCGACGCCCCCCUGCCGUCUACCUCACCCCCACCCGCGACAUGCUCGUGAAGCCUGGUCACCCCCUCGUCGAUCCCUCCGGGCUCGUCCGCGAGGAUGCCGCCCCCUACCUCCGCUCGUGGGUCUUCCCCGCCUCCAACCUCGUUGACCUCGUCCGAUCGCUCUCUCACCUCUUCGGCCUCGAUCCCCCUCUGUACACCCGCCCCAACCACGCUACAACUUCUCCUUCCCCCUCCCUCUCUCCCUCCCCUUCUCCCUUGCCCUCCUCCUCCUUCUCGUCCCCGUAUGGCGUUGGCGUUGGUAGCCCUUCACGAUUCCCCCCGCCCCCGUCGUCACAGGCCUAUCCACACUUGCGGCCCACCGAGGACCCCGCCGAGGUCUUCCGCCGCAACGCUGUUGCCAAGAUCUUGGAUGCCGUCCAUACGGACAUGGGUGCAAUGCGCCGUGCUCAGGAGGCUGAGAUGGAGGGCCUCUUCUCCACCCAGGCCGAGCUACGGCGGCGUGAAGAGGAACUUACCCACGGGCUCCGUGAGAUGGUAGAGGAGAAGGAGGGCCUUGAGCAGCAGCUGCAACUCGUCCUCAUGAACACGGAUUUGCUUGAGGGGUGGGCGAGAGAGAAUGAGGGGCUGUGUCGGCGGUGCCAUGAUGGGGUUGAUGUGGAUGAUGUCUUUGAGCCAGUUGAUGCCUUGUCGAGGCAGAUGCAAGAGUGCACGGCGGCCGACCUGGCAACUGAGGACACCAUCUAUGCGCUGGACAAAGCUGUGCAAGAGGGAGCAAUACCAUUUGACUCGUAUCUGAAAAACAUAAGGGCAUUGUCAAGGGAGCAGUUCUUCCACCGGGCGUUGGCAGCCAAGGUUCGUGCUACACUUGUGCAGGCCCAGGUUACAAGCAUGGCUGCACGAGUGCCACACUAUGCUUCCUAGUGGAGGUGGGUUCUAUAGGUUAAAGAUCAAACUAGGAUAUCAGUAUUUUCUUCAUCUUCUUGUCACAGGUGUUGUCUUAAAGAGUUUGUGGUCUUUGGUUGUCUUCAGUGCAGUGAUAUGGAUAUUCCUGAUGGUGAGUUGCAUUUCCUUUUCCCCCCCCCUUCCCUUCCCUUCCACAGACACAGAGAAACGUCACCCUGGUCGACUUAUCAUUCCAAAAACUUUACAAUGCCAAUUUGGAGAUCCAUAUCAGAGUUGGUUGAUGAGUUGCCUCUUCGCAAAUAAUGUCGAUUUUGGUGUUAUGCAUUGUAGCAAAACAAACGGAUGUUUGAUACUUACUCUCAAUUUUAUGUAAAAUUAAACAUAUUGGCUAUC